AUGCUGAAUUUGGUGUCCGCGGUGCCCACCCAGUCUUUCAAUUUCGAACGUUUGGAAUACACUUCCUGCCCCAGAGCUAGAUUCUGAGAGCUGCAGCCCCAUCGGGAAUAGAUAGUGGACCCACAUAAACUUUUCACGGUCAUUUUCAAGUCGCUCAGCCGCAUUCCACAACAAAACCGGUGAAAAUGGACUCGACAUUAGAACUCCAGCGACGGGCGCACGAGGAAAUGGAGAGGCUUGAAGAAGCAAUAGUGGAAGAGAAAGUGAACAACAAAGCGAAAGCGCAUAAGGAUGUUCUUCUUCAGGAUCACCGAAUCAAUCACUACUUGGAGCGUAUACAAGCCCGUAGUCAACAACUGCUUGAUCUCUACGAAGACAAGGAUGGCCUUCGGAAAGCGGACAUACAAGCGAUAACAGGAGCUUCCGAUUUCACGGAGUUCUACGGUCGUUUACGAGAUAUUAAGGACUACUAUCGGCGGACCGCCAACGUCGCGGUAGAACCUAUGGAGUGGGACAUUCAAAAACGAGACCCGGAGAAGGAGGAACAAGAUCUAGAGAAUCAGUUCUCGGGAGAGGAAGCAUUGGGAAAAUACCUCGAUCUGCAUGCGACCUUCGAAAUAUAUGUGAACCUGAAGGAUCUCAACAAAGUCAACUACCUGAAAUACCUCGAACAGUUUGACAAGUUCGAUACCAUCCCAAUGUCUACAAAGCGGACACCGCAAUAUGCAAGGUAUCUGGAGGCGUUGCAAACAUAUCUGGAAAGCUUUUUCGCUAGAGCACAACCUCUGUAUAAUCUGCAAGAAGCCAGACAACAUGUUUUGCAAGGUUUCGAAGCGGAUUGGUCACUGGGAACCGUCCGUGGCUGGACCGUACCUAAACAUGACGAGGAGGAAGGUGCUUCGUUGUUUUGCUUGGCCUGUGAAAAACAAUUCACGAAGGAAACUGUGUAUAAGGCCCACUUGACAGGCAAAAAGCACAUCAAAGCAGCAGCGGCUUUGGUUGAGCGUGGUGUGACCGAAAUAUCUCUACAGGAGAAGGAGGAAGCCCAGCGAGCCAAACAAAAAGAGGAAUGGGAGCAGUUGAAGCCAAUCGCUCGAUCUGAGCGGUUGAUCCGAGAAUACACCAAAAUCUUGGGAGCACAGCGGGAUGACACGAAGGAGCACGUGGAGAGAAAACAAACUCUGACGACGGAUGAGUUAGUGGCGGAUGCGGUAGAGGAGGUGGAACUAAGUGAGGAGGAGGAAGAAGAGGAGGAGAAGAUUUACAACCCGCUGAAGCUGCCACUCGGGUGGGAUGGGAAACCUAUCCCGUACUGGCUGUACAAGCUGCAUGGGUUAGGUGUCGAGUACCCAUGCGAGAUUUGCGGAAACUUCGUUUACAUGGGGAGAAAAGCUUUCGAUCGGCACUUUCAGGAAUGGCGGCAUGCACACGGCAUGCGAUGUCUGGGGAUUCCGAAUACCCACCACUUCCACGAAAUUACCUUGAUCGAAGACGCAUAUGCCUUAUGGGAAAAGUUGAAGUCUGGAUCAAAGGUGGAGCAAUUCAAAACUGAUGCGAUGGAGGAGUUUGAAGACGCGGACGGUAACGUCUUCAACAAGAAGACAUACGAAGAUCUCAAACGGCAAGGGUUGUUGUAAUGGCCCACCAGAGCCGUUGUUACGGUUUAUAUAGAUCACGUAAGAUA